AUGUUCCUGGUAAGUGCACUUAGACUCUAUGUAAACAAACUGUAUUGAACUUAAUUAAAGGUCAGUUGAUGUUAUUUUUGUUCUCUGUUUUCGAAGAUUUGCUGCCACAAGGGCCCUGAGACGGACCCUGACGAGAGGGACAGACAGACAGAGAGGGGGAACAUAGACAUCCUACAGCGCUACAUCAUCCGCUGCUUCCCUGGCCUGGUGCCCAUCCCUGCUGUGGUGGAGAGCUGCAUGUACACAGUGAGUAUUGCCAGUCUCAGAGAAGCAUGUACACAGUGAGUAUUAAUACUCUGAGUUGCAUGUACACAGUGAGUAUUACCAAUCUCAGAGCUGCAUGUACACAGUGAGUAUUACCAAUCUCAGAGCUGCAUGUACAUCAUGUUAACAUCUCUGCUGCUUACUGUGUCCUAGUAAUGGCCAUAUUAAAUUGAUCCACAAUGGCAAUUUACUCUGAAUCAGUGUAACAUCAUCCUUUCAGUUAGGCUUAAUUACAGUGUGGGAAAAAAAGUAUUUGAUCCCCUGCUGAUUUUGUACGUUUGCCCACUGACAAAUAAAUGAUCAGUCUAUAAUUUUAAUGGUAGGUUUAUUUGAACAGUGAGAGACAGAUUAACAACAAAAAAAUCAUGUCAAAAAUGUUAUAAAUUGAUUGCAUUUUAAUGAGGGAAAUAAGUAUUUGACCCCCUCUCAAUCAGAAAGAUUUCUGGCUCCCAGAUGUCUUUUAUACAGGUAACGAGCUGAGAUUAGGAGCACACUCUUAAAGGGAGUGCUCCUAAUCUCAGCGUGUUACCUGUAUAAAAGACACCUGUCCACAGAAGCAAUCAAUCAAUCAGAUUCCAAACUCUCCACCAUGGCCAAGACCAAAGAGCUCUCCAAGGAUGUCAGGGACAAGAUUGUAGACCUACACAAGGCUGGAAUGGGCUACAAGACCAUCGGCAAGCAGCUUGGUAAGAAGGUGACAACAGUUGGUGCGAUUAUUCGCAAAUGGAAGAAACACAAAAUAACUGUCAAUCUCCCUCGGCCUGGGGCUCCAUGCAAGAUCUCACCUCAUGGAGUUGCAAUGAUCAUGAGAACGGUGAGGAAUCAGCCCAGAACUACACGGGAGGAUCUUGUCAAUGAUCUCAAGGCAGCUGGGACCAUAGUCACCAAGAAAACAAUUGGUAACACACUACGCCGUGAAGGACUGAAAUCCUGCAGCGCCCGCAAGGUCCCCCUGCUCAAGAAAGCACAUAUACAGGCCCGUCUGAAGUUUGCCAAUGAACAUCUGAAUGAUUCAGAGGAGAACUGGGUGAAAGUGUUGUGGUCAGAUGAGACCAAAAUGGAGCUCUUUGGCAUCAACUCAACUCGCCAUGUUUGGAGGAGGAGGAAUGCUGCCUAUGACCCCAAGAACACCAUCCCCACCAUCAAACAUGGAGGUGGAAACAUUAUGCUUUGGGGGGGGGGGGGGAUUUCUGCUAAGGGGACAACUUCACCGCAUCAAAGGAACGAUGGACGGGGCCAUGUACCAUCAAAUCUUGGGUGAGAACCUCCUUCCCUCAGCCAGGGCAUUGAAAAUGGGUCGUGGAUGGGUAUUCCAGCAUGACAAUGACCCAAAACACACGGCCAAGGCAACAAAGGAGUGGCUCAAGAAGAAGCACAUUAAGGUCCUGUUGUGGCCUAGCCAGUCUCCAGACCUUAAUCCCAUAGAAAAUCUGUGGAGGGAGCUGAAGGUUCGAGUUGCUAAACGUCAGCCUCGAAACCUUAAUGACUUGGAGAAGAUCUGCAAAGAGGAGUGGGACAAAAUCCCUCCUGAGAUGUGUGCAAACCUGGUGGCCAACUACAAGAAACGUCUGACCUCUGUGAUUGCCAACAAGGGUUUUGCCACCAGGUACUAAGUCAUGUUUUGCAGAGGGGUCAAAUACUUAUUUCCCUCAUUAAAAUGCAAAUCAAUUUCUAACAUUUUUGACAUGCGUUUUUCUGGAUUUUUUUUUUGUUAUUCUGUCUCUCACUGUUCAAAUAAACCUACCAUUAAAAUUAUAGACUGAUCAUGUCUUUGUCAGUGGGCAAACGUACAAAAUCAGCAGGGGAUCAAAUACUUAAUUCCCUCACUGUAUUUAUAAUCUAAAAAAAGCCUAUUUUAAUAUUUGAUCUUCCCACCAAGGCAAGGUAUAGAAUAGAAAUGUGAUGAGGGUGGUUCUGGAGUUGAAAACGCAGAGAGAGAACCAUUGUCCUGUUUGCCAUGCCCAUCACAUGCUGCAUGACUGCAUUACCUUUGGGAUUAAAACACUAAUGGAAAACAUCACAGACACUGAAUAUCAUUGGAAACCACAUGUCAUUCCUGUGCUGUAGUCAGAGUAGCUUACUGAUUGGAGAAUUAUUAAAGCACAGUAAGGGAGAGUGGGGUAAGUUGAGCCAUUCUUUAUAUUCAGCAUCACUCCAUCAAGGGAAAUAUAGUAUUAUUUGUAACAAAGAUAUCUGCAUAUAUUUCAGGAUGUUGUGUAUCCCUGGAAAUAAUCAGAAUUCAUGUAAACAUUACAGUUUUGAAAACAUAGCUUGUCCAAAAAAAGUGGUCUCUUGGCAGAACUUACCCCGGGUAUGGGGUAAGUUGAGACAUGGGACAGGGUAAAUUAAGCCACCUACACAUUUAUGUACUGAAUGAAAUAUUACCAAUACCUUUUUAAAACCAUGUCUGUCUUUAUUUUUCAAACACAAUUCAUCACAAUCACAUUUUGUCUUUUAAUAAUGUUAAGUAUAUUUUAACACAGCCUUAACACCUAACAAACACUUUGUACUUUUUACAUAGGCCAAGCCCUGUUGUUACCUCAUAUCCCAGUGAUAAUGCCUUGCAUUACGCCUGGGAAGAAAACGCUUCAAUUUGCUCAUCUUGCCAUUGGCUCAACCAUUGAUUCAAGUUACCCCAAGGCAAACAUUUUGACUAUAUUAGCCCACAGCUACAAGGAUGCUUUAUCUUGCUAGGUUUAGGACCUCAUAUUGAAGCUUAUAGAGACCCUAACUGAUGUAUAGAACAAUCUUUAAAUUAUCUACUUUGGUUUAGGGACAAGCAUCAUGAAACCUCUAAGAAUAAAUUCAUUUGACUUGAUGAAAAUCUGUUUUUUGGACUUAAUUUGCUCACCACUUUUUCCAUGUGGUUUCUUCUUUCACACUCCAUGAAAUGACGACCUCUUCCUAAAUAUUAGGUCAAAUUAUUAAUUUUGUGUAUGUUUCCUAGAAACAAGGGUGGCUCAACUUACCCCUUUUGCUCAUCUUACCCCACUCUCCACUACUGGAUGUCAUCUCCAAUCCGCAAACAGAUGGCAGCCAAAAUGGACAGGAUUUAUUAUUCUCAGAUGAGUUUCUUUCACCAAGCUGCUGUUUCCCUCAAUCUUUUUUCUCCCAUUAUCGCUCACUCCCUCCAUCCCUAUCCUAUUACCACAUUUAGCCUGAAUCACCUCCCCCUCUCUUGUUCGCUCUCUCAAUUCACCAUCUCUUUCUGUUGCAGGUCACGCCAGACAACCAUUUUGUCCUGGCCCACCAUCCCACUCACAGUAACAUCGUCAUCGGAGCAGGCUUCUCAGGUGUGUACGUGCUGAACAUGUGUAUUGUCCUCUGAGCCUUUGUGGCCCAACAUAACAUGCCCCACAGCUCCACAUCAUACCCCAACAUGGCUGCAUCCAUAGUGUCACUCACAACAUACAGUAUAACAGUGGGUGUGUGUGGAUGAGCAAAGCCCAAAGAGUUUGGCUUUAAAAAGGUUUUUCACCACUGAGACCUGGCACACACUCAGGUCCAGAGUGGUGCUGAACAUCACAGAGCCCUCUGAACCUACCUCAGCUCUGUGUGCUGUAGCUAUGUCUUAGAGUGACAUCUUACACAGGGGAAAGUCAGACAACUUUUAAUUAGACAGUCUUUCAAGCCUGCUGUGAAAGGUGAAGAAUUGAGCUUUGAGUCCAGACCCGUUUUAUUCACUAAUUAACGUUUGUGGUGCUCUCAGGGGCCCUCUCUCUCUCUCUCUCUCUCUGUCUGCUCUCUCUCUGUCUGUGUGAGAGGGAGAGCGAGAGGCAGGGUGGUGGUCCUCUCCUCUCCCUGUCCCAAAGGGCAGACGGCUGGGGUCUCCUGGCUCCUGUUCCAUCUGCUCUGAUAGCCGCCUCCUACAGUAAUUAUAUGUGUAAUUAAUUUCCACUUGUAAUAGCUUUUAAAGGACCUGGCUGGCACACAGUGCAGUUGGCUGGUGAGAGAGAGCGCUACUGUAUAACAGGGAGGAUUAACUCCACGGGUUAGAGAAAGACAUUUGAGAAGCCACAUAAUCAAUACAGGGACAAGUAUGAAUUAAAUAAGUGUUUUGCUUCUGAACCCAUUGGUCCCUUGGUGGUGGAAUCUGGAAAAGUAACCAUAAUAGGAUGAGGCCCAUUGUGGUAUGUUCAAUCAGUGCACAUGGCUGCUACUCCCCCCCCCCCCCCCCCUUGAGGUAUCAAAGGCCAUAGGCACAAGUGCUUUAAAGAAAGUCCUGGGGGUUGCCAUGGUUACAAAGGCACCCAGUGGGUUUGGGCCUGCCAUCGAGGGCCCCUCGCCUCUUCCUACGAAAAACGCAUGUGGCGAACUGUCAGAGUGGCCUACAGUUUGUUCGCUAUAGCCCCGGACACAUAGCGCUGAGGCUUUUACGACUUCAAAGCCCGGGAGCUCUGAGACCUUUAUCAAGCAGAGAGAAAACUAAAGCAAGGCAUUCUUAAGCCCAAUUGACAUUGAGUUUUCCUUCCUCCCUCAGACCCAUAGCAACAAGAAGAAUACACCUCUCCUGAGUAGAGCGUCUGUUUCCUCAUCUCACCCCUAGGCUGACAGCUCACGGCACGCUCAUCGCUGAAAGGAGGGACAAAUCUCCUUAAUUUAUCUCUGGCUUGAGCCCACUUAAAUGAAUAGAUGCCCUGUGACGGUCAGAGCAAUGGCUCCUGUCCCCUUUUAUGUGCUCCGUCAUGCAGGGCUCAAACAGGACCUGCCUCACUCACUGUGAUUGGUUCUACCCCCAGGUCACGGGUUGAAGUUUGGCCCAAUCGUUGGCAAGCUGCUGUGUGAACUGAGCCAGGGAGAAGUGCCCUCCUAUGACCUCUCCCCCUUCAGAAUCAGACGCUUCCAAGCCCACUCCAAGUCAGCACUGUAG